GUAGUUUGCGCUUGAUGGGGCCGUUGUCAGUGUGCUUGGUACGACUCAUACUAUUAUUGGCGCUGCGGAAAAGCUAUUGGCUGCACGAUGCUUAAUUGCUUCAAGAUAAUACAAUACUCGCCUGCAAUUUAGGCAACACAAGCUAUGAGUCUUUUACUACGCUGUCUUCGCUUGCAUCCCCCUUUAGCUUGCAAGACGCUUACGUGUGUGGCGCUGUGAGGUCAUCCUAAAUAGUUUAACCUGCUUUAUUAUAAGCAAGUCAUCCUUGCUGUACCUUAGCGGGGUGUGCUCGUGCCCGUAGCCGCGCCAGCGAAGGAAACUUGAACAGAGCCAAAUACGCAAUAUACAGCGCAUAUUCUACUACUUAGUACUCUUACUCGAAGCAGCGAUGCAAGGACACGAGCCUCGGCCCUAACCGUUAAGCAUUUUAUUCGCACCAAUCAGCCUGGCAACUCCGACCUCCUGCUGCAGUAGCCAAUGCCUACGCGGCCUUACCAGGCCUCCCUGGCGUCUCCAACUGGGCUUCGUCGCGAGCCCCGGGAUCGCCAGGAAAGUUCCUUCCAUGGCUCAGGCAGCCCAAUCCUGUCGCAAGGUGCUAGCCCACAGCAAUCCACUAUACUACAACCACCACUCGUGGGCGCUCAGAAGCGCCUUAUGGGAGGAAGCCUGGCCCCCAUCCGCAGCUCAACCCAUCACUUCGCACCCCACGGCGGUGUUGUCAUACCCUACCCUCCAUCCCACAUUGGGGAGGACAGUACAACAACGGCGUCGUACAACGCCUUCUACAACGGAAGCGUCACCAGCGGCGGCACCAGCCCGCACCGGCAGCCCAGCACGCCACGCACCACGCUAGCUCAGUAUCAACGAGCUGCCGCCGCCGCAGCCCACCUGUCCUCGCUCAACCUUGGUCAACACAACUCUACAAUCGGUCAAACCGGCCAAACUCAGGGCUUCAGCCUCCCGGGGCCCUUGUCGCUAACACUAGCACCCGGCGACCCUCACGUCACUCACAUCAGGCCCGCAUUUGUAAUUAACGCGCUGCUUGACUCGCCUCUCCGAGCCGGUGUCGCGGCGCCGCCUCCAACACCCAUUGCAGCCCUCAACACAGCCUUGGCAGCGGGGCUCCCGGGCCUGCCUGGGCCGCCGAAGCGACUGCGCUCAGUCAACGCACGCGCCUCAGACCCCGGCGGCUGUGGCGGCGCCGGCGGCGUCAGCAGCGGCGGCGCGCACCGUGCACGGAGCCCGCACCCCGCUGUCACACGGUUGCAUCUUCGGGGCUCGGCAUCCGGCGGGACUUCCGGACCAGGGAAUGAGGGAAGAUGGUGGUCCGGACACACGCCGCAGCCGCUGUUGCAUGGCAGCCUGCAAGCCCGUAGCAGCGCUCCAGGCGCAGCGUCUGGGGCGGUGAGCAGCCGCGGGGGGAUGGUAGGACCCUCAGUAGGCGCCUCCGGCGUUGCUGCAGCAGGCGCUAUUAACAACAUGCUCAUGGGCAGUGAGCGAGGCUCUGCAGGCAGCGCACCCCCCGGCGGCGGAGGCGGAGGCGGUGGAACGUACACGUGCAGCGGCGGCAGCGCCGCAUCAGGUGCCGUCAACGUGGCUGGCGGCGGUGGCGGCGGCGGUGGCGGUUCGGUCAUAGGUGCUACGGCUGUCAUUGUUUCUCAGACCCUGCAUCAGCCGCAUGAGGGGCUUAUGGGCUCCCAGGGAGGGGUGCUGGGUGGGUGUGGAGGAGGAGGAGCAGGAGGAUGUGGGGCUGUCGGAGCCAAGGCAGCCGGCGUUGCGAGUGGAAGCGGCGAUGGUGGCGGCGCCCAUACACAAGGCAGCUGGCUGCUGGCGUGCUUGUGCUUCCGGCCGCAAUCGGCGGGACGUCUGGAACGGUCGUCUGGGAGACAUGAGGACUCAAGUAGCCUGCCCGUGCAGCGGAAGGAGGCACACACGCGUCGAAGGUACCCAACGCGGGGCCUCUCCCACGCGCUCUCAGACACCUUCAUGGUCCGAAGCGACCGUCUUGCGGGUAUCACCGCCGGCAACACUCCUGUUCGCGCGCCCAGUGGUGGCACGACAGGCGGCAACAGAAUCGGCCGGAGGUUUCAACCUUCCCUUACGAUGCAGCCGCAGAAGUCCAUACUGAAGUCCGGCGGCAUGCGGCGAGCCGAGUCUACCAAGGAGCCCCUCCAUGUCACCGUCACGAGCGCCGGCGGCCACCAUGGUAUCCAUGUUGGCGGCGCAGCGGCGCCACCGGCGGUACCUGACUAUGCAGCCGUCGCCGCCGCUGGCUGCCCCGCCGCUCAUGCGUCGACCGACGAUCAACGCGCCCAACCUGCACGUCCACACACUCCACACCCGUACCCACAGCCUGUGCAGCCGUACGUUCAGGCUGGAAGCCAGCAGACGGUGCUUGGUAAAGUCAGGCGCCUGAGCCGGACAUUGCCCGGACCACUAGAUUCAUGGGAUCAUGCAAUACAAGGCAUGCCGGGCAGUGGAAGAUCUGCCGCUGCCGCAGCAGCGUUAGCGACAAGUAUUGGUGAUCACCGGCGUGAGGAGCUACGUAAGGGAGCAGCCGGCGCCGUGUGCGACGCCCUUCCUGCAGUGGAGGCAGCGGCGGGGCUCGUCAACGGUCGUGCAAUGAAGGCGACCGGCCGCGGCGGCGAUAGGGCCGGUGACAAAGAGCGCACCUAUGGCGUCCCCAGUUCACGGAGAUGGAUGCGUUGUGAGGCGCAAAUCAGGCGUGGCUCUACCGGGACAUUAGAGGGGCCGAGGGGGCACAUGUUUCAGCAUGCACCGCCAAUCGGGGCCGCCUCCGCUUGCGGCUGCUCGGCUGAGCACGUCCGGGCUAGCCACAUUGAGGUAGCUUCGCAGGGCGCGAAGGCCCGCUUAGCUGCUGCCAAGGGAGGAGGGGCUGCUGCGCCAGCUUCGGCGUCGGCGUCGGGGUGGCUCAUGGAACUGCAGACCCAUGGGUCGACAGGCGAUGGCGGCGGUGCAGCAGCACCCGCUGCGGCUGCGGCGAGUAAUGGCAUCGCUGGUGGCGCUGAGGCUGCUGGGAUUGUUGACCCUGAUGCUGCUAGCAUGGCGGCGCGUGCCAGCAAGACUGAGUCUCUUAGGCGCAACCUGCCUCGCCUUGCCCUUCCCACGGGCACAGGCAGUGAGUCCAGCGGCCCCUAUGACGAUCUGGUCUUACCUUGUCCAAUUGUCAGCCCUGCAGCUUUGGGCGAGGUGACGACGGCGGCGGCCCUUUGCACAUCAGGCGGUGGCAGCAGUCGGAACAACGGCAUCGGCAGCGGCUCAAUUGAUGGAGGCCGUACAUCGCUCAUGCAGCGCAUCGCCUCUCGUCAACGCUCGCAUAAUGCUAGCGGCAGCGGCAGUGGCCUGCCAACCCCCGGCAGCAGUGGAGGCGCGGCGCCGUCGCUGGGCAGAGCGCUCUCACGCAACGCCAUCUUGCCGUUGCCCAACCCAAGAUCCUCAUUCCCCGGCUAUGCUGCAGCAGCAGCCGAUCAGUCGGACAACUCUAGCAACCUGCCCGGCAGCUUGGAUGCUCCGUUGGCGGUGUCGACGCCGCCGCCAUUGGUAAGUACAACACGGUCCUUUGGAGCAAAGGCUGCCGCCGCUGUUGCCGCCGCGGCGGCGGCUGUUACGGAUUUCAUGGCAGCGGACUCUCCAAGAGGCUUUGCGCCGCACAAAAUACGGCCGACGUCUGCACGCCACCUGAGCGUCCGCCGCCAUGAGCCUGAGGCCUGUCGGGAUAGCCUUUUGACGCGCCGUGACAGCUCAGAAGAUGGACGCGACGAAGUUCAUAAUGUCAGUACUAAGAAGCCGCUAUUUACGGACCGUAAAACAGCCCCGCCAGGCCAUAUGCGCGACUUGGUCGCAAAACUACACGGCAACACAGCGGCAGCAGCAGCGGCGUUAGACGGGCAUUCGUCGGUAGCUUCGGACCAACCGCAAGCCGCGCCUAGGCUGCGUCGACUUACAACAGGCGGGCUCAAUCCACCGCCGCCACCGGUGCAGGAGGAGGCCGUACAUGGUUCACGCCGGCGCCGUACACACGUGCACUACCAAACCGCCGGCCCGGACGGCAAGCUGAGAGCGUAUACCAGCUCGCACCGGCUCAUGGAUAGUCAUCUUUCUGGAGGACUCGAUGACCAGGGUGACGGCGACGACGGCAAGAACGGUGGCGGCGGUGUAGAUGCCACCCGUGGUGGCGGCGACGACGGCCGCAGCAAUCCGUCGAAGUCGGCGGCCCACAUCUUCAGCGUUCAUCCUGAGGAAUCCCUCGAUAUUCGCCGCCUGUCAACCAUCGCGCGUCAGCGUUUGCUCGAUGCUGCCGCCGCGGCUGCCGCCGUCGCCGCAAGCGCUGCUGACGAUAAUAAGCCAGCGGCAGCCUCCCGUUUUGAAGACCGGCGGCAUCACCGACGGAGGUGCUGUACGGGCGAGGGCGAGGAAGAGGCGGAUGCUGCAUAUGAGUACGCUGCCUUUCGCGCGGCAGCUGGUCUCGGCCGGCUGCAUGGCGUUAGCAGGGAAGACAGCGGCUGUACUUCAGAUGCUGACGCGGAGGAAUUCGUUUGCUCACAACUGGACAUACAAAGGCUGCCGGGCAUGUCGGAACGCACCAUGAAAGGCUGGCCCUCGCACAACAGCGGGCGUAGUGUAGUGCCUGCGAGCAUCAAAGGCACCCGCAAAAGUGCCCCGGAGGAAUACUUGACCUUGGAAGAGGCCGAGACAGACGCAGAUGCCGAGACGACGAGCGCCAAGUCCCAGCAGCGGAGGACAGCCCCUUCAGCUGUGCCAGCAGCGACAUUGGCUUGGGGCGUGGCCGGCCCAUCGGUUGACCACGUAUUAGUCGAGGCCUGGACCAGCAGCAGGCUACACCCUGCACCAAGUGCUGAUAUGAACCGCGAUAUAGCAAGAAAGAGUGGCAGCGGCAGCGGUGGCGGAUUGUACGGCAGGCAUCAUGAUAAUUCCCGUCGGUUGCUUGAAGGCUUAGCUUCCCUGCCGCACAGCCCUUGGCGGUAUGACGCGUUGGGGUGUGCGGAGGUGGGGGCAGUGUCGGACGCAGCGUCCCACGUGGGCCAGAACCUGAGCUCCAUGCCGAGCCCUUUUUCCCGAGCUGCCUCAGCGAUGAUUGCAGCAGCGGCAACGGCAGCAGCCUUGGAAGGGGCAGCCUCAACCUCAGCCUCUGCAGCGACGGAAGACGACGGCUUGGAAGCUGGGCUGGUAGCUGAGGGGCGCGACAGCUACAAUGAGGGGGAGGGUCCCGGCCGCAUGCGCUCCACGUCUCGAUCCCUGCUGCACCAGCAGGCCCAGCUGCCGCUGCUGCGGCGGAUAUUCCGUGAUAAUGGCCGACGCCGAGUGAAGUGCGACGGUGACGGUGGAGGUGGCGGCGGUGUCGUGGAUGCGGCUUGGUGCAUUGAUGGGUGCCUAGAGGACGAGGGGCCAGUGCGCUCAGAGGUCUACUUUGCGGGCUCCUCGGUGUCCUCGGGCGUCAACAGUGUCGCGCAGCUGAUGUCCUUCCGCGCCACACAGCCCUUUACGGAAGGGCAUCUCGCCCAUUUCGGUGCCCCUGGCGGCGGCGCCGCCGCCGCAAGUGAACACGAGUACGAGGAGUUCCGGACUGGUGGAAGCAUGGUUGGCAGGGUGAGAACUGGAACCGGUGACGGCGGCGUCGCCGCGCUCAACCGCCGUAGCGUCACCUUUCACCACCGCCGUACAGACAGCAUCAGUGUCAGCAACCUCAACAGCAGCAGCGUUACCAGUACGGCAAGUAGCAGUCCACCGGGAUGGCAGGAAGCAGAUCUGUACCAUGUUCGACGCAUGCUUGCAUCUGAGCUGCUUCGGGUACGGCGGACAUCGGGUAUCGUGCAAGGACCCAUCCUGGAAAGCGUGGAGACCGAAGCUGAGGUUGCAGCAGAGGAGGCGGAGGCAGAGGCAGAGCCCUCAGCGUCUGCUGUUCCCGAGGCAUUCGGAGGCGGGUGCAGUCGCGGUGGGGGCGGGGGUAUGCGCCAUCCGCACCGUGGAGAGGCGACGGCGAACUUGCCAGGCGGUCUGGAGCAGCAGGAGGAGGAGCGGGAGCAUGCGGCCGGCGGCUCGGCUGGGGCUGGAGGUCAGAGGCCGGCAACGUUGCUUGGGGUUGAAGGCGGAGGUGGGGCAGGAGCGGAAGCAGGGACAGCUGCUGGGCCGCAGCCGCAUCCGCCGUGGCUACGGCGUACAGAAACAACGCAGCGAGGCAAGCUAGGCCACGGCGGAGACGAGGGCAGCAGCCUUUUGGGGUUCUCCCGCCUGGCCCGGAGCGCUCAUGCAAUCGCGGAUUGCUGUCCGUCGUCAACCAUUGAAGCCGGCGCGCCAUCGACGCCGCCACCCCUGCGCCGUCAGCCUUCGCAGCCGCGCCAAACGCCACCGGCGCAGCCAUUGCUUCCUGUUCCUAACCAUGCGGGACGUUUAUCUGUUGCGAAGGCAGCAGCUGCUGCUGUUCCUGCAGUGGCGGCAAUGCACGCACGCCUGACCGCAGCCGCCAACGCUUCUGCUGCAGCAGUUGGUGGUGCCUUCCGAAAAGUGCCGCCGCCGUCGCUGCUGCUGGCAACGGCGUCGCAGCCCUCAUCGCACAUGUCCAAAUCCGUGAGCAUGGAUUCUUUGGUGCUUGCUCCGGGCAUAGUGGCCGCAUCAACGGCUGUGUGUGCCAGCAUGCAGCGAACCGACAGCUUGGAAAACUGGGUGCGUGAUCACAGCCGGGGCUGCACCGCCGUAGCCGACCCCUCCCAGCCCCUGGCACCGCUAGAUCCACUGGACGAGCUAACAGCCAUCGUGGUGGGUAAAGCCGGAGGCGCAGGCGACGGUUACACGGCAGCAUUUGUGCCGCCGGUAAAAGCCACGGCAGGUGCAAGAAAGGCAGCAGCAGCGGCGGUGGCGGCGAUGCCUUCGCCGACCUCUUUUGCUGAACCAGCCCCAGCUGCGAUGCCUUACUGGCAUGGUAAAGCUCAUCAUCGGUGCAGUGCCGGCGGGGCCCGGAAGCUGCCUGAGCCUGCGGCAGCGGUGCAGGGAUGGUUGCACUUCAAUGCGAGGGCAAGGACCUCGCUUGAGGAGCAGCGGAGACCGUCCGCGGCACCUGCAGGAGGUGGCGGUGGCGGCGCUGAUCCGCUUGUGCAGCGGCUGUCACUGCCUGGGAAUCUUCGGUUGGGAGUUGACAGCAGCAAUCCACUGCACGGCAAACAGCAGUAGAAGAACAUGCUGACGUGACGUUUAGGACUCUGGCCGAUGGGGGCCAUCAAGGUAGCGGUAUGUUGAGAUGCAUGGGGACGUUUGGAAUUGGAGAUUUCUGGACAGCGUCGACGGAUAAGGGAUGUGCAUGUGCAGAAUAGGGGUAGGUAGAUGGAUUGCGCUACACGUCUCCGCGACGACAGCGUCGGUAUGUAUUCGUUUUAAGCAUUCAUGUUUACGCUCAUUUGUUUUGUGUGGCGGUUGGCGCCGCCUGCCCGCGUGUGAAACGGAAGACACGGAAACGGAGUACGAACGCGGUCGUUAACACUAAAACAACAAGAAAGACAACCCAUUAGGGUGGUGAACAGUAAAUGAGAUAUGCUUAUUGGGCAGAUUGGGUUGGUGAAUAAUGGAAAGGAACUAACCGUAUUGACCCCUGGUUUGAAUGUCCCGUGUCGCUUUCUGCUCAUGCCGAUACCUCGACUGAUCCCAGGAGCGUUCCAAGGAAAGGCACAUGAUUAUCAUUUCAGUGUGGGAAUGCCAUGUAUGAGUGUAUGGUAAAGCCGUAAGGUCAAGUGUGAACUGGUAGAGGAUUGCAACAACCAGAUAUGGUGCCUUGGUACUGUAUGCUUCAAGUAACCUAAGUAUUUGACCCAUGCAAAUGCGGUCUGGGGCAUGCGCCGUGUGCGCUUCCCCUCGGCCAUGCUAACCUGUGCGUGCAACUUGGCAUGCGGAUGUUGAUUGCAUGUGCCACAUGUGCGCCAACACGCGCUAUCCUGCUGCGUCAUCGCUGCUCUUUGUUUUGGGGCAAAGGAUAGCAUGCUGCACCGUGUGUCUCACGCGCUGUGGGGGGUCGGGCCCGCCAGUUUGUCAAUUGGCGUUGGUGCCGUGGCGAUGGGCAAGGUUGUGAACCGCCAGCGGAUGUCCGGAAGGAGUUUCAUGGCAUGGCAGUUGGGAUGCAUGUCAGACGACAUCGUCUGGUGGGUUCAUGUCACCAAGAGCUCAUGCGAACACCUUUCCCUGUCUACUUCAACUGCUGUGGCGCUGGGCUGCUUGCUUGCACGUGAGGUGAUGGUGGGUGAUGGCCGGCGUCUAGGGCUAUGUAUGAGAAUUGAGCACGUUGGAACGUUAUGGGGCUAAUUGUAGUUGUAGAGCGGGCUCAAUGCGCUUAUGAAGGGCGCAAUGCAUGUUCUGCAUUGUUAAGGCGCGCGGGACGUAUGCACUUCUUUGACUACCUGUUAGAGGGCGGUGUGCGCGCCCCACAUUUGACUCGACAAGUUCCAAGGGGCCUGUAAAGGUUAGCAGCACCAAUGUGGCUUUAAGGGGGCGCUAUGUAAGGGGGCGCUACUGUCCUUGAGUCCAGGCCUGCUUGGGGGUGAAAUCAGAGCGGAGGGUGGAACCGGCUAAAGAGCUUCCAAACACCGCUGCUGCCACAUCAUGCCUGGUGGCGAGGUUGCAGGCUACAGGGCGUGCGUGCAGCCACGGGUUUUGAUAUCCCCUCUUUCUGAUCCAUCCCUGCAGCUGCUAGCGGCUAUUUGUUUCCGCGCGAUAUCAUGGGUAUCUCUAAGAAUCGGGGUUGCGGCGAGGUCAGCGGGGUUGUCUGGGUGUUAGAGUCCCAGUUUGGGUGUUGCGUUCUUUGAAAAGGCAGAGCUGGACAGAGCACAAAUUUAUGUUCCAUUAUCAUUAUGAGCGCAUUGCAUGGAUUGCGCGUCCUCUGCUCACUGGCAGUGCUGAAAGUGUUCCAAAGAGCCAGUUUGACC